UCGGGGGCAGCAAGGGAACAAGAGGCAGUUAGCUCUUGGAGGACCCCCCUCCAAAGGCCCGCUUUCCUUCUUCAGUCCUUGCUCCCCCUCCUGCUGCUUCCCCCCCUUUGAUUUGCUCCUUUCUUCCCAUCUCUGGGGGAAGCAACUCCAAACUCCAAGCCCAUCUCCCUCCCUCCCCCUUCCCCUCCUCUCCAACCGCAAAAUCAACAGGCGACAAGAGAAGAGAAGCGGGAGGAGGCGGCCGGGCAUCCAACCGUGAGCGAUGAUGGAUAUUCCCUGCCCCCUGCUCCGGUGCCUGCUUGCUCUCUUGUGGACUGGGGUGGGAGCCCUGAUCAACCUCAAGUACUCAGUCGAGGAGGAGCAGAGGGCCGGCACCGUGAUUGCCAACAUAGCCAAAGAUGCCCGAGAUGCUGGCUUUGUGCUGGAUCCCCGGCAGCCGACUGCUUUCCGGGUGGUCUCGAAUUCGGCACCUCACCUGGUGGACAUCAAUCCUGGAUCUGGGUUACUAGUCACCAAGCAGAAGAUUGACCGGGACCUACUUUGCAGGCAGAGCCCCAAAUGUGUGGUCUCCUUGGAGGUCAUGUCCAGCUCCAUGGAGAUCUGUGUGAUCAAGCUGGAGAUCAAAGAUCUCAAUGACAACGCACCCAGCUUCCCCACAGACCAGAUUGCCCUGGAGAUCUCAGAAACAGCCAGCCCGGGCACCAGGGUGCCAUUGGAGAGUGCCUAUGAUCCGGAUUCAGGGAGCUUUGGGGUGCAGAGCUAUGAGAUCACGCCCAAUGACCUUUUUGGACUAGAGACUAAGACGCGCGGAGAUGGCUCCCGUUUUGCGGAGCUGGUGGUGGAGAAGAGCUUGGACCGUGAGACCCAGUCUCAUUACAGUUACAUGAUCACAGCUUUGGAUGGCGGUGACCCACCCAAUUUUGGCACAGUGGAGUUGAACAUCAGAGUCAUUGACUCCAAUGACAACAAUCCCCUCUUUGAAGAGCCAUCGUACACUGUCAGUGUGCCAGAGAAUGCACCUUCUGGCACACCAGUGAUCAGACUCAAUGCGACAGACCCUGAUGAGGGCACCAAUGGACAAGUGUUGUAUUCCAUCCACAGCUAUGUGUCUGAAAAGGCCAGAGACCUCUUCCAAAUUAAUUCCCAAACAGGGCUGAUCACAGUCAGUGGUGCAAUUGACUAUGAGGAAGGACAUGCGUAUGAAUUGGACGUGCAGGCCAAGGAUCUCGGCCCCAACUCUAUUCCUGCCCACUGCAAGGUGACAGUCAGUGUGCAAGAUGCCAAUGACAAUCCUCCUCUUAUUAACUUGCUCUCUGUGAACAGCGAACUGGUGGAGGUCAGUGAAAAUGCUCCGCCAGGCUAUGUGAUUGCCCUGGUGAGAGUUUCUGAUCGUGAUUCUGGUGCUAAUGGCCGAGUGCAAUGCAAGCUGUUGGGCAAUGUGCCUUUCCGCCUGCAGGAAUAUGAAAGCUUCUCUACUAUCCUGGUGGAUGGACGUUUGGACAGGGAGCAAAGGGACCAGUACAACCUCACCAUCCAAGCUAAGGACAAUGGGAUCCCCUCUUUGCAAGCUACCAAGUCAUUCACUGUCAAGAUCACAGAUGAAAACGACAACCACCCUCACUUCUCAAAACCAUACUACCAGGUCAUUGUGCAAGAGAAUAAUACUCCUGGGGCCUACCUCCUUUCUGUUUCUGCUCGGGAUCCUGAUCUAGGCCUUAAUGGCAGCGUCUCUUAUCAGAUUGUGCCCUCCCAAGUUCGAGAUAUGCCAGUCUUUACCUAUGUCUCUAUUAAUCCCAACUCAGGAGACAUCUAUGCCUUGAGAUCCUUCAACCAUGAACAAACCAAGUCUUUUGAGUUCAAGGUCUUGGCCAAAGAUGGAGGCAACCCUUCCUUACAAAGCAAUGCCACCAUCCGAGUCAUUGUCUUGGAUGUCAAUGACAACACCCCUGUGAUAACUGCCCCUCCUCUAGUCAACGGGACUGCAGAAGUGUACAUUCCCAGAAAUGCGGGGGUCGGCUAUUUGGUGACGGUGGUCAAGGCAGAUGAUUAUGAUGAAGGAGAGAAUGGGAGACUUUCUUAUGAGAUGGCAGAAGGAGAUAGAGGAUUUUUUGAGAUUGACCAAGUUAAUGGUGAGAUAAGGACCACCAGAGCCUUUGGAGAGAAUUCAAAGGCUACAUAUGAGUUGAUAGUGGUGGCUCAUGACCAUGGGAAAACUUCUCUCUCAGCUUCUGCCUUGAUUUUGAUAUACCUUUCUCCAGCUCUGGAUGCCCAGGAAUCCAUAGGAUCUGUUAACUUGUCCCUGAUUUUUAUUAUUGCCCUUGGUUCUAUUGCUGCCAUUCUGUUUGUCACCAUGAUCUUUGUAGCAGUGAAGUGUAAGCGGGAUAACAAAGAAAUCAGGACCUACAACUGCAGAAUUGCAGAGUAUUCCUAUGGGCACCAAAAGAAAUCCAACAAGAAGAAAAAGAUCAGCAAGAAUGACAUCCGCCUAGUGCCACGGGAUGUAGAAGAAACCGAUAAAAUGAACGUAGUGAGUUGUUCAUCCCUGACCUCAUCCCUCAAUUACUUUGACUAUCACCAGCAGACAUUGCCUCUGGGUUGCCGCCGAUCAGAAAGCACGUUUCUCAAUGUGGAGAAUCAAAACAACAGGAACACAGGGUCCAACCACAUUUAUCAGCACACCUUCAAUGGCCAGAGUCCCCAGCAGCCUGAUCUCAUCAUUAAUGGGAUGCCACUACCAGAGACUGAAAACUACUCAUUUGAUUCCAACUAUGUCAACAGCAGAGCCCAUUUAAUAAAAAGCAGUUCAACAUUCAAAGAUUUGGAGGGAAACAGCCUGAAGGACAGUGGGCAUGAAGAGAGUGACCAGACAGACAGUGAACAUGAUGCCCAGCGUGGUCUGUACUGUGACACGGCUGUUAAUGAUGUUUUGAAUACCAGCGUCACUUCCAUGGGGUCUCAGAUGCCUGAACAAGAUCAGAGUGAAGGAUUUCAUUGCCGGGAAGAGUGCCGGAUCCUUGGCCAUUCUGAUCGUUGCUGGAUGCCCCGGAAUCCUGCCCCCAGCCGAGCAAAAUCCCCUGAACAUGCAAGAAACGUAAUGUCCCUUUCUAUAGAAGCUACAACUGUGGAUACAGAGCUUUAUGAAGACUGUAGCACAAAGAGAACUUUUGCAACAUUUGGCAAAGAUGGGAGUGAGCCUGUCCCUGAGGAUCGGGGCCCAGUCAAUGUAAAAGGUAAAAGAACAGUGGAUCUCCCUCUCUGUAGCCCAAAAGUGAAUGGCGCAGUCCGAGAAGCAGGUAAUGGCUGCGAAGCUGUUAGUCCCAUCACAUCACCUGUCCACUUGAAGAGCCCCUUGUCUAGCAAAUCGGUGUCCUACAACAAAAUGCACUGCUCGGCAAACCGUGACCUGGAAUCGUUUGUAAACAAUGGCCCUUCUCGGCCGAUGGAGGCAGAGCCGAGAGGUGCAGACAGUGAAAAUAUAAUGCAUGAGAUUAACCCUCUUCUGCAAGAAUGUAGAGAGAAAGACUCACCAGGCGUGAAGAGGCUAAAAGACAUAGUACUCUAAGCCACACCAGAGAGGAGAAGAGAGGAAGCAGGGCGGGGUGGGGCAGUACAAGGCAUAUGUAUUGUUUUUAACAGCUUACUGAUGGUUCACAAAUUUGCUGUAUUUAAAAGCUUUCCCUAAAUGUAUUGUUUAUAAAAUGAAGCUAUUGUUCAUGUGAUAAUCCCACUUGGUUCAAAGGGGGCAGGGGUGUUUGUCAAAGCAAAACUAGCACCAUUUCUUUUCAGUUUUCCUGUGGCAGGGGUGAUGCGAUGGUGGCAGCUUGGUGGAUGGAAGUAUUAUUGACAAAGUAUUUUGAAUUUAUAUAUUUUUGUAUCUCAAAACCUCUAAUGUGAAAUCCCAUUCUAUAUGAAGUAGUGAGUCUAAAAACAUAAGAUAAGAAAGCCACCAAAUACCCCUGUCCCUAACUAACUCAUUGGGCUGCCCAUUUCUCAUGAUACAACAACAAAAACUGGGAAUUUUCCUGUUUUGGUAUCACAGCCCCUUGGAAUUGUGGGUUGUGGCCUAUGAGUUUUCUGACACCCUACAACCAGAGCCUAACUUCCACUUUUAGGAUGUUGCUCUUUUGCAAUGAACUACCCCUGCCUUUAGAGUCCUUUUGCUGCCACUUGCUUCUCUGUACUAUUAUUGUAUUUGGUAUUGCAAAUUCCUGUAUGUCUUGUGGGGGAAUAGGCUUCGAGGUUUAUUGGUUCCUUUUUGGGUGGUGGUUUUCUACAAGCAAACAUGAACAAACACACAAAUGAUAAAACUCGGGGAACCUGCAGAAUUUAGAGUGAGUCUUUUCACUGUUUGUCAUUUUCCUCUUUCUUUCUCCAACACUGUGCAAUGUUUCUUUCCCAGGUCAUUUAGGUGUUAUUCUAGCAUCUCAUUUGCAAUUGUUAGAUACACCUGUUGAAAUGUUUAUGAAACCAGUUCUCCCCCCCCCCCUUUCUUUUCCUUGCACUCUCAAGGAAGUAUGAAGCAUAAUUUCUCUGAAACUAACAUCUUGAUUUUCAGGAAUAAACAUUUCCUGAUUUUUUAAAACCUCUGUUGGAACCAGAAAAGGGAAAUGGUUGUUCUCAGUUUAGCAUGUGUUCUAUGCCACGCUUGUGCAAGCAUUCCAUGAGCUUAAAACUUGUAUCCAUUGGCCCAUUUGUGUGUAGUGUUACCAUGCCUGUGAUCAUUGACUUAGGUAGUUAAGACCACUGGCAUCUUAAUGCUGCAUGGCAGUCAUCUAAGGGUGGGAUUGAGUGGCUCUCUAGAUAUUUUCAAAUGACAUCUGCCAUGAUCUCUCAUUAUUGGCUAGACUGGCUAGGACUUAGAAUUUUAUGAUAUCUGGAAGGCCCCUCUAGGAUACAGUACUGAAUGUGGUUAAGUCCAGCUAAAUGUGAAAGCGUGCAAUGUUUACAUGGACUCACAUUACACAUAGGUGGAGCCCUUAGCAGCAUUGUUCCUGAAUCCACUUUUUUCUCAUUCUAUUUUUGUGAGCACAGUUCAGAAGCUCAGCAUAAUCUAUGCUAGCGGUUGGCAGCUGUGACUUUGCAGAUGUUGUUGGACUGUAAUUUCCAGCAACCCUAACCAGCAUUGCCACAGGUGAAGGGUGCUGGUAGUUGCAGUCCAACAGCAUCUGGAGAGCCACAGUUGCCCGAUCCCGGAGUAUACCCAUGUUGAAUGAGUUGUCUCAAUGGUUUUUAUCUCAGAUGUGUGAAAGCUUUGCAUGGAUUCCUGAAAUUGUGGUCUUUGUUCAUGACUAUACCAAAGUUUUCUAAACUUCUAAUACGUGAAGUAUCUCUCCCCCCCCCCCCCCACACACACACUCCUUACCAGUUGAAAUUGGACUAGCACUUUUACCUUCAGGCAUCAAAGGCUAACUUUUAAAGUAUGCAGAUGAAAAAAAAAGUUUGCAGCCAGUAUUAAUUAACAUUAAUAAGACCCAUUCCUCCAGACAUUCAUCCUGAUUGAAAGGCAGUAAGUGCAUAUCAAUAAGUUUGUCAGAAAUCCAGCAUCAUGUCUUCUUGGAAGGAAAAGGAAUCUAUUUAAUCCUAUAUUGGCAGCAAGUGUAGGACACCAUAAUAACUACUGAAAAGACAUGGUGCAAUUAUUGUUCCUUAGCAGAAGCUAAGUGGAAGGAAGUUGGAGGAAGCCAGAACAGGUAGCCAUGGAAAAAUCAUCAGUUCAAUAAUAUCAGGCUGAGGGUAGGUGAAAGAAAGCAACCAUACUGAAACAUAGCAUAAUUGAGUGAUCCUCAGAAGUGGCCUAAUAUAUUUUACUGCCUGAAGUGUAAGAGGAUGCCCCUCCCAUUCCAUGUACAGAAACUGAAUCUUACUUGUAGGCAGGUGGUCAAAAGAUGAGUGUAGCAGGCAGGCAGGCUUAGACACAUAAUGGGCUAUGUGGUGUGCAUGCUGCUUUCCAAUCCUUUGGUGCCCAGGGCAGUUGCCUCAUUGUGCCUAAUGGACCCUUGCUCCCUGUUGGGAAUGAAUGCAAAACUAUGAGGACAAUCGGCAUUGUGUGCCUACUAUUUCUCUUAGAAUUAAUAUUAGCAUUCAUUCUUGAGUUUUUCAAGGGCUCAGGCUCAACUCAAGCCUGCAUCCUUCUGAGGUUGCUAAAAUAAGUACCCAGCUUGUUGGUGGCAAUUAGCUUACAGUUGUAAACGACUUAGAGACUGCUUAGGUGAUAUGAAGCAGUAUAUAAAUGAAGCUGCUAUUGCUAUUUUCCUCCAUGCACACCAGGGAAUGAAAGUAAGCAGUAGAAAAUGUAUGUUAAAGACCAAAUAGACUGGCAAAGCAGUUCUGUUUAUCUCUGCUCAGAAAUAAGACCCACUAUAUCCAAUGAGAAUUUUCCCCAUGCUAAGUACAUUGCAGGACUUCAGCCUAAAUGUAACAGGUACCUGUACUGACUAAGGCAGUGUGUCUUUCAUUUGAAACAAAGAAGUCAUUGAAUCUUUAUCUUAUUUCAAUAGUGAGUUAAUGUAGUUUGAACAAAGAUCUGUAGGGUUAAAAAGCCAGUCCUUUUGACUGUAAGGGAUGAUUACAUCAAAUGCCACCCUAACCCCAACUGCUCUGCCCUCUUUGAGCUUAGCUGCAGUCUUCAUAGUAUCGGGGGGGGGGGGGGGCAGGGAAUGGAUUUUCCUGUGCUUUUUGUCACAUUUUAAAUGCAAGUUAUUUGGGGUUGAUCUGGCCUAGAAUGGGCAAUUGGGAUUCCUUUGUUUCACAAAAGACCUGUACCCAGUUGAGAUGAAAACCAGUUAGAUGAGAUGGAUCAACAUGGUUUGGACUCUUGUUGGGGUGUUAAGGGGAAAGUCACAGUGGUCAGUGCCCAGCCUUGAAAAUCUAAACCCAUGCUUCUACACAUAAUUAUGGCUUAUUUUAUAGGGCUCCAAUAUAUGCAGAUGUGAAAUUCAUUUAAGUUACCACAGGGAUGAAAUGAUAUGCUCCCCACCUAUCCCUCUAAGAAACAUUUUGUUUAAAAAGGGAGGGAUGAGCAUUUUACUGAAUCAAACAGAAUCUUGUUUUGUUCCCCACUGGAGAUUUUUCAGGGAGUGCUGGGAACACAGGGUUUGGCCGUGUUCUUGCUGUGAACUCCUGCAUUUGGGAGUAUUUCCCCCUGCUAGAACAUACGUCUGAGAGUGCAGAGAUCAUUGGGAAAAGAAAUAUAUUGCUGUUUCAAUACUUGCACUGCCAAUCAACAGAAAAAUAAUGGUUUCUAGAGAAAUAAUCUUCCUGGCUCUAACCUAUCUUGAUAAAAAAAAAUUUAGUCAUGUUUGAUUUAUUUAAAUUAAAAAAAAUGGCUACAGGAAAAACAGGCUCCAAUCUUUAUCAUCCUGAAAAUCAAAUAAGCUGGAGUAAUUUCUUUUCUUUAGAAAAAAUGCUAGAGAAAAUUGAUAGGGCUUGGUGUUCUACUUUUCCAUGCAGCUCUUUAAUUUAUAGACUGGCAGCAUGUUUUAUUUGCCCAGUAGUUUGAGACUUCAUGUUUUAAAAAAAGAAAUUUGUAAGGAAAUCACAUCCAUUUCUCUUUGAUAUAGCUUAUUAUUAAUUCUUGGAAACAUGUUCUCUUGGGAGGUCCAAUUCAUGGAAGAUCCUGAUGCAAAGAAGAGGGUGGAGGGCAGAAAGACAUUUGUGACAGGCAGAUGUGUGGCUCUGUGUUCCUGUAUGGCUGAAGAGUAAAUAUGGAUGGGGACAAGACACCAGCUAUAUAUUGGAAAGAACAGGAGGAAUAGGCUAGUGGCUUAUUUCAAGAAGUGGGAGAAUCAAUGAGCAUAGCAGUCUUUGGAGCUAUCUAGCAGGCAGUGUCGCACUGGCUUUUCUUAAUCUCCUGAUUCCUAAGAUUGUGGCUUGUGUGAAUUACCGAGCUUGAACUUGCAGUCCAUAUCUCUAACCAACUGCAUGGCCCUUGGCAUUUUUGUAACUUUGUAAGCAAAGACUGGGUUUUCUAAUUUUGGAGUAGGGAAUCUUUGUACCUCCAGAUGUUUUUGGCUUACAUCUCCCAUUCAACCCUAUGAAGCAUUCCCUCUAGUUAGGGAUUGUAGACCAAAAUAUCUGAAGACCAAAGGUUUUCUGCCUUAAUACUGACUGGUUCUGUAGUUCAUCAGACAGCAGUGGUGUGUUUGUGUCUGUAUGUGUAUAACUACAGCUCAAAGCUGUAGUAGAUUUCCUGCUUCUUCUCUGAUGAGAAGCCAGUAUGGAUGAACAUCUGUUGCUUUCCUUGCUAACAUCUUCUAUGGCCAAACCCUUGGCAACUCAUCCCACCAUUGCUAGUGGCAAUUUAGUUCACACAUUUUUUUUCUAACACUGUAUAUGGACUAAAGGCCUGAACAGAGAGGCCAAAAUAAAACUGCUUCAGGUCACUUUGGAGGUAUGUUGU